AUGGAUGGAUUGGGCGUUGAAUCUUGUUCAAAUUCACAUUCAUCUUCGUUGCUAAGCGGAUUGAAUCUCAUCUCUUCUGUAAAUAAUGCGGGACAUCGAUUGUAUGAAUCAUCCAGUAGUUCGGAUACAUCCGUUUCGCCAACACCAUCUAACAGUGAUUCUAAUCAGCAACGGCAGUCAAUAAAAGAAACAAAUAAAAAUGAUGCGUUCGAGGAAAAAUGUUAUCGUAGCAAUGCUGCUGCAAAGAAGACACGAGAAAAACGUCGAAUCAGCAGUAUGAUAAUGGAGCAAAAACUGCUGCAACUAACGAAGGAGAACAAUUUGUUGAGAAAUCGCUUGAAACAGCAUCAGCAACAGCAACAGCAGUACACAUCACGUGUUAUGUCACAUGACACCGUGAUCGUGUCUGCGUCGCAGAAGAAGGAUACAGUUAGUGCAAUUAUACCAGCAGUACCACCGGUUACAAUAGUCCCGUCGGUUCCAGCUUCUUCAGUAGACAACCUAUCUGCCGCACUCACUACACCCUCAAAACUACCGCUAAUGUUCCCGCCACAUCUGUUUGCUGCUGCCAACUCUCUGCUAGUGACGCCCUCUGCUUCCAUGCCUGCAACAAUUCUCGCACCUUCCGCAGCCCCUGCAACGUCAUCACUCUUAGCUCCAUCGAGUGACGGCACAUCAUCGACAGUCCAGGCAGCAACUGCUGCCACUGCACAGCAGUUUCCAGUUUUACGGAUUUGCACGUUGCAAGCAGCACUUCGGCAAGUACAGCAGAACUACUGUCCUUCUUCCUCUUCAACACCAAUUUCCUCCGGUCAUAGCGCUUUCCAGCCGUUUCACAGUUCGCGUGACCCAACUAGUUCCACACAGAGCUAUAGUCCGGAUUCGUCUACAACUGAUGCUACACCGUUGGAUUAUUCAAUGCAUGAUACGAAUGUUUUGAUGGAAACUCCUUCUGAUUCGUCGCAUAUUUUGCAAUAUCGUCGGUUAGAGCGACAGUCAGAUCACACGGCAGAAACGGAGACGGAACCACAAGCGUCAAUUGAUUCUUUGACAUCAUCGUCAUCAUCUUCAUCUUCCUCGUCAUCUGCUUCUGACAAAAAUCGAGAAAGUGACGGUGAUGAUAAACCACAUUCGCUACUUGGCUCAUUGCUCUCUACCAAACGAACAUCACCACUAGUUGCUCAGAGUAGAACGGAUACUCAUUCUGGUCUUAAUAAUACUCCACCGAAAGAUGUAAUCAGAAAUGAUUUGAAAAAUUGCUUGAGUAGUUUGGCAGUACAUUUGAGCACUAGUGUAGCAGCAGGUGCUUCGACUACAUCUGGAGUUUCUGGUACAAUUUCUGAUACUUCGUCACCCAAUGCAGGACUCUUAAGCUCGGUGGUAAUGUCUAUAAAGUCAGCUGAUAAUUCCAAAAAAGACAGCAGUGAAGGAAUGGAAUCACUUAUUACUAUUAAUCCUAGCAUUGUUAAUAAUGAUGCCAAUGAUUCGCAACUUCUUCCUGCUGCAAAAAAUUCUGCCAUCGUUAAAGCUUUACGUUCGCGACCGUCCAGUAAGCAACAAUAUAUGGAUCGACGACGACGUAACAACGAAGCUGCCAAGCGAUGUCGGGCCAAUCGGCGAGCCCAAUUUGAAUAUCGCAGUAAGCGAGCCCAGCAAUUGGAAGCAGAGAAUGAAGAACUGCGUAGAGAAAUGAGUCGUUUGAAGCAAGAGUUGGAACAAUUGAAAGCGUUACAUGCUGCCAAAAGUGCUUCUGUCUUGCUAAACUAA